CAAUAAUUGAAGUAAACAGUAGAAUCAAAGAUAUUAGUAUCCUGAAAAAGAGAAACUAAUUUGAUCGUCAGAUCUGUGCAGCAGUGUUCAAUUGUAUUUUGUAAGUUGUAACACAACGUAUUUGUUGGAUUAUGAAGGACAAUUACUUUCAACUACUACCAGUAGAAAUUCUUGAUAAUAUACUUGUUCGACUGCCAACAGAAGCCUUAUUUCGGUUUAAGUGUGUAUCAAAGCAUUGGAACCGUUUGAUUUUAAAUCCUCAAAUUAUGAAGUCGAGAUCCCGUCGAAUGAUCCUUCUUCCUGUUCAGCCGUUUUAUGCCAUGAACAAUGCAUGCGGAGCGCAUGGACCCUACUGUCACUGCAAUGCCGGAUCAACGAUCAUGCUUCGUUCGCCUCCAGGAAUCCCGGAAGGGACGAAGGUAACCAUUGUUGGAACCAUUAAUGGGGUUGUCCUCUUGCUUAUACAUCGUUCUCAGGGUCAUAAUAUGAUGUUAUACAAUCCAUUUACUGGAGCGUUUAAGAUACUUUCUGAUCCGCCUUUGGAAAAUCACUACUCUGGUAGCUAUGUUUAUGGUUUCGGGUAUGAUACAUUAACCCCACAUGAUGUCAAGAUUGUUAGACUAAGAGCUUACAUGGAUGAUACUAACAGUCGCUCCAGGCCGUGUGACAUCUUGAGCCUCAAAAACGGGUCGUGGAGCACACCGUUGAAGUUGAGUGGAGACUAUGUGUUUUUUGAAUAUUCUGGUGUUUUUGUAAACGGAUUUUUGUUCUGGAUUGCAAGUGACUCAGAACACAGGGUGUUAGUGGUGGCUCUUGAUCUUAAAGGGAUGGUAUUUUCGGAGAUACAACUUCCACCUAAUCGUCUUUUCUCACGGUUUCCUUUGGGUAAAAUAAACGGAAAUCUUUGCAUGAUUUGCUACGAACGUAACAGUGUUGGAUAUUAUGAGGUAUGGGCAUUGAAUGAAGAAGAUGGAGGUACAAAAUCUUGGUCUUUUGUGAAUUUGUCAACAUCAAUUUUGAGAGGCAGACACCACAAUGACGUGUCGCUAAUGUGUUUUUUGGAUGAGGGAAAACUAAUUCAGUUGAGGCGGAACAACCGACGACUCGUAAUCUACAACUUAUUGAACGAUACACAGAAAAUAUACUUAUACUCUGUGGAUUUAACAAGUCUUGCCCAAGUACGGAGUCCACUAGCUGUCGAAUAUGUGGAGAGUUUGAUGUCGCCAUCUGAUUUGUGUUCUGGUUUUGUAUGAUCCUAUUUUAAGUUAGUGUUAAUAGAACUUAAAUAUUGCUUUGACGAUGUAUUGGGAGGCGAGACUUAGACAGUGUUACGCCUACCUGAGGUAGAGGUUGCUUCCAGAAAAAGAUGUGUCCCUUCCUGCAAGAAGUAAGGAUCCAACUGUACACUGUAUGUUGAUCUUUAUUUCCAGAGACAAUGGCUUUCCCACUUGAAGGCCUGUCAAGUGUUUGGCAAUAUGUUUUAGUUUAAUUUACAGUAUCUUGUUUUUAAUAACUAGAAUAGAAAUAUAUGGUUAUGAUAAUUUUGUUUUCUGUGUAAUAUAACAUGUUAUUUCCAGCAUAUUUAUCAGAUGGUGUUACUAUUCUAUA